CUAGAUUAAUAUAGUAAACAAUGAUUAUGGCAUAAGAUGUUAUGAGAAACAAUAUUAUGAUUGUUGAAUAGGAUGGCAAAUAAAAUUAUGGCAAAUGAAAUUCUGGCAAAUGGGGGUAUCCCGUUUGAGUUAUCUCUCGAAUUUCUCAAGUAUCGAAGUAAGAUUCUGCUUCGUAGGCAGUCGAAACAAUGAGGUCGUUGGCCGUGGUUCUAUUGUUCGCCUUGGCGUACGCCAAGCACGAGAAAUAUAACGGAUGGAAGUCCUACUACGUGGGACCAGCUUCCGCGGAGCAAUUGAGCAGCCUUGGGCCACUCCUCGACAAAUACUCUGUAGAUGUCCUAAGUCACCCCAUCGUCCAACGGGAGGGCGUUGUUCUAGUAGCCCCGAAACAUCAGGCAGAUUUCACUAAGGCUUUAGAAGGCUUGGCUAUCAAUUACAAAGUACAUGCCGAGGAUGUGAAAGCGUAAGUAGACUGUAAUAU